AAAAAACGUUUUGGAGCAGCAGCAGCAGUUGGUAACGUUGGAUGUUGUCAUGCUGUUGACUAAGGUCACAUGUCAGCACACUGGGUGGCCACAUUUAUGCACGGCGCCAUGAGACUUCUGCUGCUGCUACUGUUCUCAUUCAUCCCAACAGGAGCAGAUGCAGAGAGUUACGAGGUCACGUUUUCAUGUGAAGAAGAGAUCGUCUGCUAUUACAUAUGGGAGAUCAGCACAGGUGAAUUCAUCGCUACAGUAAGUAAUGGAAAGAUGAACAGAGCUGGAUCAGAAGGAGAAAAAUGCUUGGAAAUUGUGGAGGUCACAGAGAAGGAUGUCGGACGACAGUACUGCCGGAAAAGGUCAAAUGGCUUCUCUUUUAAGGCUGUUUCCCAAGUAAUUACAGUCGCACCUACAAAAACUGUAACACUGCAGUGUGUUUUCUUGACUCCUCUGGAGAAGGAUCUUUGCAAUGCUGACCAAAAUAAGGGGGUCCACCUGACAUGGGUGGAUGAGACUGGAAAUGUGGUUCAUAAAGACCCUCAGCAUGACGUUAAUAACUACUCUGACAGGGAUAUCACUUUGACUGUCACGUACCAAAGUACUGGCCAGAUGAGGUUCAGGUGUCAGGCAACUGUGGGUGAACAGGUCAAAAUGUCAGAUGUGCUGCUGGUCCUAGCAUCAGCUCCUAAAAAGAACGGAAGAGGAGUCAUAAUAGAAAAGGAGCCAGAAAGUCAAGACAACAACCAGGAUAUGAUCGGAGCAGCUGUGGGGGUUGUGGGAUGUGCAGUUUUGACAGCAGUCAUUGCAGCAUUUGUUAUAAACAAAAGAAGAACAAAUGGCCAGCUGCACAACGAGCCCAGCAUGUCUACUUCAUGCAAUGUCCUACAUACAGAUGAUGUCAUCUAUGCCGACAUUGUUCAUCCUGAGGGCUCUGACAGAGUGUGGGUCACUGGGACUGAGACCACAGAAUACGCCUGUGUACAGUUCUAUUGAUGUGCUCUCUGACAUAUGUGUUUUUUUUUCUUCAUACUGUGAAAUACUCAUAUUAAGCUAUACCUCACUUAUGUACUUUAUUUCCAUUCUAACAAUGGACACAAUCAGGCUUUAAAUGCUAUUAUUUUUUCACAUAUGGUAUACCAAAAAAUAAAUAAAUUGUGCUUGAUCUUAAAGUACAAUGUUUGACACAAAAAUAAAACAAAAUAAAAUGACUUUUUUUCCUAAAA